CCUACAUUCUUAAUACAGAACAUCCAUAUUUACGUCUUAAAAACUUAUUAACUUGUCGAGUCAAAACUUCACCGAAGAGAGGGAGUCAAAAAAGAAAAGUCCUGAAGAAGGCGGAUAAUAAAUGGCAUGUGCGAGCCAAAAACUCCUUGAUAGGAGCGGAAAGAAAAAAAGUCAACUCUAGAAAUGUGUUACCACUGAACACAGAAACAAUAACAGCUGACAUCUUAAGCCAAUGAAAAUACUCUUGUUGUAUCAAAAUAAUGAUGAACUAAUUUAAAUUGCAAAUUAUUAAGAUAGAAAUGUAAUUUAACCAAUUUUAAAAAUGUCAGAAAAAGAAGGAUCAAUAUUUUAUAAACUGGAAAGCUUAUUGCAACAGGAUUAUCGAGGAGUGAACAUAGCCGUUUACAGUAUAGCUACAGCCGGUCUUGCUAUUGCGGUAAACAAAAUCCGUCCGGUCAGUAAGUUUUCCAAAGCUAGUAAAAUACCAACCAAUUUCAUUAAGAAUCAUGAACCUUUAAAAGGUGUUUAUGUUGGUAUUCAGCAUUCUCCAGUAAGGCUUUUGAUAAAUCAUAAGGCACCAAUUUACUUACCACUCUGGCACUCUAGUAAACCUCCUUUGCCAGUAAAGCUAUGGGGUGUUGAUAUUGUAAGUGGCAAUGCCGUCAAUUGGUUAGACUGUGUGGCAAAAGGACAAAAGGUCACCUUAAAUCCGAUUUCAAGAGAAUCAGAUGACCUUGUUUCAUCUGUUAUAUUGCAUUUAAACAAACCUAAGACUAAUGCUGUGGAAAACAUAGACAUAGGACAAAAAUUAAUAGAGCUUGGAUUUGCAAAGGCUUCAAUUCCAAGUGGAAUUAAAAAGAACACAUUGGAAUCAAAGUUGGCACCUGCGCUGUCAUCAGCGGAAAAGCAAGCAAAGAAGUCCAGAAAUGGCAUUUGGUCAGAAAUUCUGCCUCCUAUUCCAUUUUAUGUUAUUUAUUUGAGGAAGGGAGUAAAUACCACCAAGGACCUACUGCUUCAUUCUACAAAUAUGUUAUUUGAUUUUGUUUUGUUCUUAUUGAAAAUUGCCUUAAGAAGCAUGAAGAAUGUUGCUCUUCGACCUUUCAGAUCUAAUUCAAAACAAUUACAAACAACCUAAAUGAAAUUAUUUACUUAGCUUAAAAUUAUAGUAGAACUACAAACCAAAUCUUUUAUUUUAUAUAAUGGUUUUGGUCUUUGACAGUCUUCCUUAUUAAUUUAUUAUGUAAUUUGGUCUAUGCACUUGUUGAAAAAUAAAUUUACAAUAUUUUUUUAAGUAUAUUA